CGUGUCCUCAACACAGUACAUAACACACACCAACCCAACCUAAGAGCCUAUACCGGCUUACAAUGGUCAGAAAACUCAAGCACCACGAACAGAAACUCCUGAAAAAAGUCGAUUUCCUCAAUUGGAAACAAGAUGCAAAUCUUCGAGAGAUCAAAGUAAUGCGCCGCUAUCAUAUUCAGGACAGAGAGGACUAUCACAAAUACAAUAAACUUUGCGGGUCACUUCGCUCGUUCGCUCAUCGCCUUACUCUUAUACACGCCCAGGACCCGUUCCGUGCACGGAUGGAGAGCCAGCUUCUAAACAAACUGUAUGAUAUGGGUGUCCUCAACUCCACUGCAAAGCUCAGCGAUGUGGACAAGCUGACUGUCGCUACCUUUUGUCGGCGUCGCCUCGCCGUUUUUAUGUGCAUGUCCAAAAUGGCCGAGACCGUCAGUGCAGCUGCGAAAUUCAUCGAACAAGGACAUGUUCGUGUUGGUCCCGAUACGAUCACUGACCCAGCAUAUCUUGUGACAAGACGGAUGGAAGAUUUUGUGACAUGGGUUGACACAUCCAAACUGAAACGAAUAGUCAUGUCAUACAAUGAUGAGUUGGAUGAUUUCGAUUUACUUUGAACCAGUCAACCAGGUGUUUCUUCCUCGGACUUCCCGUCUUCUUCACAGAUGUGACAAUCUCAGAAGCCUUGGACUCUUGGGUAUAUUUGGCUAUCGUGCGGGUGACAACGCCUGAGCCGCGGAAGAUACGCGUUGAACGCGCUCCUGUGGUCCUCUUCACCACAUACCCUGACAUCACCUUCUCAAAUCAAUCACUGUCAUACCACAAUUAACCUACAUAGAGUAGACAUAGGGACAACACCCUCACAUCUACAGAUUCCACUCGACAGCUUUCGCGAGCAACGCUGUGUAUUUUUAGUUUAACGUUCUGCGGGACUUGCAACGAUCUCCUCAGGAUUUGCCUCAUCUGCAUGCGCCACUAACUUCUUAGUCAUAUGGACGACUAAAAGCUUCAAUUUCACGGCCUCGAGCCUGACGCAUCAAGGAUAUAAUGGUGUUUUGUACCGAG